CAGCAGCAUAUUCUCUGUGGCUGCAGCAGACUGGAGAUGAAGCUCUUUUUUUCCCGCUGGUGUCUACCAGUGAGAGCAGAGGAGCUACCCAGCAACUGAGAAGAGCAUACAUGCAACCUGUUCUUACUGGAGCUCCGGGCUUCCUCUCUAUCCCGCAGGCCUCUUGAAGCACACCACAUAUACAGCAACACGUAUUCUUUCAGUCUCAGAAUCGGGAUCUCGCAACCCUGCAGACUCAAACAUGUAAGUCACCCGUUUUCAUUCGCACCUGAUUUGUGCAAAGGAAGGCGCCGUAUAAAUUGGAUCAAUUUUGCCGUGCUUGACUGAUGGAGCUGCGCUUUUUUCAACACUGGGGCAACCGCUCUGUGAGGCUUGCAGUGCAGCUCUGGCUUUGGGGAGGAUUCCUCUGGAUUUCCCUCCUGUCCUCAUCCAGCCAUGGUUCAACUACCCUGCCCAGCCCUGUCCUGGUGGCGUUCUAAUUAGAUUCCACGACCAGAGAAGCCGACAGCAUCAGGGAGCGGCACCUUGUCAGCUAUCUCUCUUUCUUUUGUCUACAAAUCCUCAAUCUAUGGAUGUACACUGCUUAGUGGUGAAACAAGGAAGACAGGAUGGCUUAAACCCGUAUCUACUUAUUAUAUGAGACUGGACUAUGUCCAUAUGAUGUCUAUUACAAGCCCUCUCAGCAGGGAAAAAGUGGCUAUUGAAAUUUGCUGGCUGAAGGUGAGGUCUUCACUCAUGGUAGUCACUGUCCUCUUUAUUGACUUGAAUUUGCUGGCGUCAGUGCAUGGGAUGCCAGUUCCUGUGACAGCAGAGGCGAGACAUUUAGUACUUAGCCCCCCCUCUUUUUCCUCUUCACAGUCUAGAGACUUGUUUUAAAGGAGCUUGCAUACCUGGGAGUUGAAACACAUAGCUACAGGUGUGAAAAGCAACCAUCACAUGACAUGGAUUGGUUACGCUUGAGCGAUGAACAGAUCAGAAGCUGUGUUUGCUCUGUUGGGUUAUGACUAAACUGUAGAUGAGCUGCCUGACUGUGCACUUUGGCAACUAUUGAGUGAUCUAAGACCGUUACACAACUUUACUGUAAAUGGUUUCCCACAGGGCUACUACAUCAUCUGCCCAACGCAUUAAUACCCUAUGUGAUGUAAGCAAUAUGGAAUGCAGUGAUCAAUAAUGUAUAGACUGAAUGUCAAGCUGGUGGUCUUACUGUACAGGUUAUGGUUUUCUCCAGUUUGUAGUUGUGUGCUGAACUGAUGAUUAGUGCUUCCUAAUGAUGCAUCAUGAUGCAGAAUUAUUGAGUAUGUGCACGUUUGCUCACAGAAGUAUGUCUGUGGAUGUCUGCAGUGCAGUUUUAUCGUGGUUCUCACCUUGAGAAAUAUUUACAGUGCAAUAGGGUUUCUUGACAAAUUAUGUUUACUAUAACAAAUGGCCUGCUAUUUAACAUGCAGCCUAUGAAAUGGGUUAAGAGGGACCAUCUAUUUCUUCACUUAGUGCAGCAUCGUCUCUGCAUCAUGAGAGAGUGAAAAAAAAAACAUCAAAAGCCUUGCUGUAGGAUUUUAAUAUUUUAUAAAGGACAGUAACCUAUAUUCAACAUCAUAUCCUAGAGGCUUGCUAGGACCCUAGUUUAACUGCAACAUUGCCUGAAAGACAUCAAAAAGAGAGGGUCAAGUAAUAGAAGAAAUAAUUGAUCUCCAACCUAGUUGGCCACUGGUGUCUGGGGAGAACAUCAACCUGUACCAAACCCUGCUGUCAUGGUUAAUACUUUUUUAUCUUGAUUUUCACUCCAGAUAUGGGAUCAACUUAUAGAAUUUAGAGUUAACUUGACGGCCUUAGGCUGGCUGUUCUGUCAAACUGCCCUGCUACAAUUGUGACUUUUUCCACAUUUUUAAAGUUUGGCUACUUUUUAUUGUUACUCUGUCUCUAUGAGAUAUGGGGAGCUCCCUUGGUUGUGUAAAACAACCCAGGGACACCGGACCAGGUGGUGGUGCACCUGUAUCACCAAAAAGAAAACUUCGCUUUAGGCGAAAAAGAAAGGCCAAACAAAAGUUAAAAGGUUCUGAAGUAGAGGACAAGAGAUGCCGUGUUCUUGAAGAGAAGGAUGAAGGAAGCGUUGAACUUACAGACGAGUCAACUGCAAGGGCUCUUGAUUCAACCAAAUUGGUAUCUGGCCAAAUAACUACUGAAACUGAAACGCCCACCAGUGUCAUCUUGGUUCCUGGUAUGGCCCCAAUAUUUGGAAGUACAGGGACCCUGCGGGGGAGUAAAAUGGCUAUUCUUUCCCCAGAUCCCAGUCCAGCAUGGCUGGGGGCACUUCGCCAGUUUGAAGUAGAGGGGCUUAGUGAAGAGUCUAAUACUGAAUUAGAGCAAGGCAACACAACACCUGGAGGAGGAAGAGUUUGUAAGGUUCGGGAGCGAGUUCAAGGGGUGCUAGAAAGACCCUGCCUUUUACGCUCUAAACGUGGUGACCUGGAAAUAGAGGAAGAUGAACAUGGACCAAGUGAAUUGAUGUUCAGUGUACCCUCAAAAACCGAGAAGAAGGGAGUUGUUCACAUUCGUGAGUUUGGAGGGCAACUUUGUGUGGUCCGAACUGUUUAUCCAAGAGACUAUGGAUCGCCCGUCUGGCGUGACAAGGUACUUGAGGUCCAUUCUGAACCUCCAGCUGCAUCUCCUGUUACAGAAGGCAUUAUGAAAGUACAAGUGUCCCCAGCUCAAGGACGACCACCCGGGAAGAACAACUCUGCCAAACCAGAAACAGCUGCAGCUCAGGGAAAAAAAGUGAAGGAGUUCCUAUUGGACAGCUCUGCUCAUGUAGUUGGAGGCUUUAGCCAUCCACCACAAGACCUUCAGUCUUCAGGAUAUGCUAGCGAUGUGCCUCUUACAUCGCCUGAGACAGGAGGAGCUGUCCAUACUGAAUGGGGGAGCUCCUCCGAUGUGCUUGAUUCUUCGGUUCUGGAGAGUCCCAUCUCGCCACAAGAGACAUUGACUCAGCCUACCACCCAGAUCUCUGAGAUCUAUGUGAGCGGUGAGUCAGGUGACCUCACGGCGAAAGAGAAGCUGCUAAUAUGGAGUCAACAGGCCACUGAGGGCUACCCCGGUCUACGCUGUACCAAUUUCUCCUCCAGCUGGAGCGAUGGACGCUUGUUCAACGCUCUUCUGCACAGAUACAGGCCGGACCUAAUUGACAUGCAAGUGGUUGCGCAACAGAGUAACCGUGAGAACCUUGAACAGGCCUUUGAGAUUGCCGAGUCAUUAGGGGUGACUCGACUCCUGGAUGCUGAAGAUGUUGAUGUGCCGUCACCAGAUGAGAAAUCUGUCAUCACGUACGUCUCCUCCAUCUACGACGCUUUCCCCAAGAUCCCAGAGGGUGGAGAAGGCAUUGCAGCUCAUGAGGUUGACCAGCGAUGGACGGAAUACCAGUCUGGCUUUUCUUCUCUGCUGCAGUGGACCAGGCAACACACAACCCUCAUGGCCAAUAGGAGCUUCCCCCACAAUCCUGUGGAACUCAAAGCACUUUAUAAUGAAUAUGUCCACUUCAAAGAGACAGAGAUCCCUGCAAAGGAGAGAGAGAAGAGCCACAUCGAGCACCUUUACAAGCUCAUGGAGGCGUGGAUAGAAUUUGGGCGCAUUAAGCUUCCUCAAGGGCUACACCCUAAUGACCUGGAGGAGGAAUGGGGGAAACUGAUCCUGGAGAUGUUGGAGAGAGAGAAAGCACUGAGGCCUGCUGUGGAGAGGUUGGAGUUACUCCUACAGAUGGCCAAUAAGAUCCAGAACACGGCUUUAGAUUGUGAAGAGAAACUCACGUUGGCGAAGAACACUUUGCAGGCUGACAUGUCUCAGCUAGAGAGCGGGCAGCCGGUGCGGUGUGAGAAUGAAUUGGGGAUGUAUCUGCAGGAUUGCGAGGCUCUGGUCAGACAGCUUCACCUUGACCUGCAGGUCCUCCGAGAUGAGAAGUACUACCAAGUUGAGCAGCUGGCUUUCAGGGUGUCAUGUCUGCAGGAGGAGCUGGUCUCUUUGCGCCUGCAGUGUGCCAGCGUGUACAGGAAGGGUCAUUUCUCUACGGGUGGUUUGCUGGGGGAGCAUGUGGGUCAGAGGGGAUCUUCAGGGGGUCUGGCUACACUGGGAGCACAGACUCUUUUGGGAGCAGUGGCUGCUGCUGCAUCCCUUCUCAGACGGCCCAUGUCUCGUGCAGAUCUGGUAGCCAUGUCCUCCUCUGAGGAUGAAGGCAGUCUGCGCUUUAUUUAUGAGCUGCUGGGAUGGGUAGAAGAAACGCAAGAUCUGCUGGAGCGAGCUGAGUGGGGUUCUGAUCUGCCGUCUGUAGAACAGCAUUUGCAGGACCACCAUAUCAUUCACACUGCGGUGGAGGAUCUUUUGAAUAGCCUCAAAGAGGCUCGAACAUAUGAGUCAAGGGUCUCACCCAAUUUACGUAGCAGUUACUCUGAAACUCUGUCCAAGUUGGAGAACCAGUAUUGCAAACUGCUGGAACAUUCGUCAUGGCGACUGCGUUGCCUGGAGAGCCUUCGAGCUUUUGUGUCCCACUGCACCGAGGAGCUGAUCUGGCUCAAUGAGAGGGAGGAGGAGGAGCUGGCCUUCGACUGGAGCGACAGCAACACCAACAUGGCUGCCAAAAGAGAGCAAUAUGCUGACAUGAGGUCUGAACUGGAGGAAAAGCAGGAUGUGAUGCGCUCUCUCCAGGACACAGCUGACCACCUGUGUCUAGAGAACCACCCAGCCAAACAAACAGUCGAGGCCUACAGUGCUGCCCUGCAGACGCAGUGGCAGUGGAUUAAAGAGCUCUGCGUAUGUGUGGAGCAGCACCUCAAGGACAACACUGCCUACUUCCAGUUUAUGAGUGAUUCAAGGGACUGUGAAAGCUAUCUACGACAGCUACAAGACACCAUUAAGAGACAAUAUACCUGCGAUAAAAACAGCAGACUUGGCAGAUUAGAGGACUUGCUGCAGGACUCCAUGGAGGAGAAAGAACAAUUGAUUGAAUACCGCAGCACAGUGGCCAGUCUUGUAGGUCGGGCCAAAUCUGUAGUCCAGCUCCGGCCACGCAGUGCAGACAGUAACCUGGGCACCACCACACCCAUUCGUGCCAUCUGUGACUAUCGACAAAUAGAGGCCAACUCUCAGAUCACCAUCAGCAAAGGCGAGGAGUGUGUCCUGGAGGAUAACUCUCAGAGGACCAAGUGGAAGGUCAUCAGUCCUACUGGAAAUGAGGCCAUGGUGCCAUCUGUGUGUUUCACCGUUCCUCCCCCUAAUCAGGAAGCCAUCGACACUGCCAGCAGAAUGGAGCAGAUGUACCAGAACGUGAUGUCUCUGUGGCACCAGCUGCAUUUGAACAUGAAGAGCGUUGUGUCCUGGCACUAUCUGCAGAAGGACAUAAGAAACAUCUCCUCCUGGAGCCUGGACACAAUGCGAUUGCAGCCCCCAGCGGAGAGACAGCAGGCUUUAGACAACCUGGAUGCUCACUUGACUGACUUUCUUUCGGACAGUCAUGAGAGCUCACUUUUUACGCCAACAGAGCGUCGUGAGCUGGAGAGAGAAGCUGAGAACUGCCGUGAACAUUGCCAAACACUGCUGGUGUCUCUGGAGACAGUGGAGAAGGAUGAGUUGGCAUCUCGUGCUUACCUGUCAGAGCUUCAGAGCAUCAAGUCUCACCUGGAGGAUGCGGAGAGCAGACUGAUGCGUGGCAUACAGACUCCACAUCCCAGUACAUUAUCAGGAGAUGCUGCAGACAGCGCUGUUCAUAUAGCAGAGCAAGAGAAGCUCCAGCAGGAUCUGAAAGGUCUUCAGUCAGAUUUGGGUGAAGUGUCUCGUCGCUGCGUGAGCUUCUUUGAGGAGAAACCUACAUCUUCCAGUGUGCCUGUCCUGCGGUCAGAGCUCAACCUGGCUGUAGAGCACGUAGAGAAACUCAACUCCCUCUCUUCUGUAUAUCUGCAAAAACUGAAGACAGUAGAUGUGUUGAUGAAAAGCCUGCAGGCGGCAGAAAGUCAGGUCAGAAAGUAUGAGAGUCGACUGAGUGAAGAGGACAUCGUGCCUGCAGAUACUGCAGCAAUCCAAGCCUUAGGAGAGCAGUUAAAGCAAUGGCACUCGGAGCUGCAGGAGCAGGAUCACAUAUUUCAGAGUUUGAGUUUAGAGGUCCAGCAGGCUAGAGAGGUGGGCAACCAGCUCAGCCAGCUUCACCCGGACCGCAGCCCUGAAUUGGACCGCUAUCAGGAGAAAGCACACCAGCUUACAGACAGGUGGAGUGGAGUCCGCAGGCAGAUGGAGACACGUCAAGCGGAUCUGGAGAUGCUGGGAUCUGUUCUGCAGCAGUAUAGAGAAGGCCACACUUCUCUCAUACGCUGGAUAGAGGAGACCACCGAAAAACAGGAGAACACACAGCCCGAACAAACUGACAGCAGAGCUUUGUCAGAACAGCUCGCACAGCAAACUGCAUUGGUAGUUGAGAUUGAACAGAACCAGGUCAAACUGGAUGAGUGCCAGACCUGCUCUAAACAGUACAGCGCUGCCGUUAAGGACUAUGAACUUCAACUUAUGACGUUCAGAGCAUUUGUUGAAUCAACCCAGAAGUCCCCUGUGAAAAGGAGGAGGAUGCACUCUUCCUCAGAUGUCAUCACACAGGAGUUCAUGGAUUUACGCACUCGCUACACAGCUCUGGUUACCCUGACAACGCAACAUGUCAAGUAUAUUAGUGAUGCGCUACGAAGACUGGAGGAGGAGGAGAAAGAAGUGGAAGAGGAGAGACAGGCCCGAGUGGGGCAGGUCUCAGACCUGCUCGGGUGGGUCAAGGGCCUACAGGAGCGCACAGGCAGAUCUGCAGAGCCAUCACUUGUCGCACAUCAGGCUAUUAGUGAGCAGCUAGCGGCUAAAAAAGAGGAAGUUGCUGAAGCCAUCAGGAGCACCCAAGUCUUCCUGAUGUCAAAACAGGCCAGCAAGCUGUCCCCUGAAGAGCGUGCCCAGGUGGUCUCUCAGCUGGAUGAGCUGACGGCAACAUACACACAACUGUGUGAUAGUUCUGCCGCACAAGUGCAACAUCUAGAAGAGCAACUGGCCAAAGAGGAAAAGCGCAAGGGCCAGGGGGUCAUCGCUGGAGUAAUUGACCUUGGCACCAUGGAAACCUUUCCAGUUUUCCAGGCAGCACAGCAUGGCCUCAUAGACCAAGACACCUGUCAUGUACUGUUAGAAGCACAGAUUGUCAUGGGUGGUCUUUUCCAGCCUGACUUCCCUGAUAAAUGCUCAUUAGAUACGGGUCUUUCCACUGGUUUGAUUAAUCGUCCUACCUUCCAAUCUCUGGAAGAGUUAAGUACUGCUAUUUGUCUUGUCAACACAACAAAAUUUGAACAGGGCCAUGAAUUACCAGUUGCAAAAGCAAUGAAAGAAGGUGUCAUAGAGGAGCUGGUGGGGCUCCGUAUACUUGAGUUGCAGAUAAGCACUGGUGGUCUGAAAGUUGGCUCCAGUGGUGAAACGGUCAGUCUGGAUAUUGCAAGGCAUAAGGGAUUGCUACCCAUGGAUCUUUCUCAAAAGCUGCAAUCCUGCCUUCAGCGGCGAGAACUUAUUGAUCCAAAUACUGCAGAAAAAAUAAACCUGAUUGACUUUCAAAAGCGUUGUGUUCUCAAUGAGGAGACGGGUCUGCGUUUUUUCCCAGUUAAACAAAAGCCAGGAGGAACUGUCUGCCUAUGUUCUGGUGGAAAGGUGGGAAUUUUCCGUGCAAUUCAAGAAGGGCUCAUUGACCGACAUGUUGCAGUUAGACUGCUAGAGUCUCAGUUGUUUGCUGGAGGUAUCGCAGACCCCCGCUCAGGACACAGAUUGACUGUUAAUGAAGCUGUUCAGCUUGGCCUGAUGGAUCAGGACUUGGCCUGCACCCUCAUGACACGACAGCUAACAACAGGGGGAAUAAUAGAUCCAGUAAGUGGGGAGCGUGUGGAUUUGGAUGAGGCCAUACAAAGAGACCUUCUCUCUCCUCGCAUAGCCUUGCGUGUAUUGGAAUCUCUCCAGUCUUUUAGGGCAAUGCUGUGGCCAGAAUCAGGGGAGCUGCUUCCUGUAAGUGAGGCACUUCAGCAGGGUGUUGUUAACAGGGAACUUGCUUUAAAAGCUCUGAGAAAACGUCAUUCUGUUGGCGCUUUAUAUUUGCCUGAGAGUGGACAGGUGGUCCCUCUGCAUCAAGCUGAGAAGAUACUUGAACCACAGGCAGUGGAGUUCUUAAAGCAGACCCAGGUUCCAGAUAUCCUUCCCCAUGCGACUCUAUCAAGUUCCUCAUAUAAGAAGCGAUUGAGUUUGGGAUCUGUCAGUUCUUCGUCACCCCCUGCUUCUCAUGCAGAAAUCAGUUAUGACUUCUCUAAAGGAGAGGAAGGCAUAUCACAAGAGCAGGAUCAAAACCAUCUACUCACUCAAGUGAUGAAGCACAGCUACAUUGAUUGUCAUUCAGGAGAACGCUUAGUCCUGCUAAAACCAGAUUUCGUAGAGCUAAUAUGUGAAAAUAUUAGCUCAAAAAACCUUGCCAUACCAGUUGAACAUAAACUUAAGAGCAUUAGUGCUACAGUGGACAACAAAUCUAUGAGUGAGAUUAAAGAGGACUUGGAAAAUGAAGAACCCAAAAUUAUACAAUAUAAUAUUGCCUGCAAAGACGUUUGUUUGGAACAGACUACAGAAAUUCCAGAAGAAGGUCUUGCACCUUUGAUUGUCACAGACAGAACAUUUUCAGAGCCUUUGUAUAAAGAGUUUGUGCAAGAGAAAGCUUUGUCAUCAAAAGAGUUUAGUGAACCCAAGAUAAAAGGCAAAAUGCCCUACAAAGUUGUUAAUAUAGGAGAGACAAUAGAAGGAACAGAAGAUCUUACACCACUUGCAGAAACAAACAAAAUCAUCACAGAACCUACCAAAGAAAUGAUUAGGCGAGAAAAAGAUUUGUCAUCAAGAGACUGUGUAGAACCCAGGAUUAAAAAAGAUGUCAGUGACAGUAAGAACAUUGAGAGGAGUAGUACUAUAGAAGAAGCAGGGGAAGAUUGUGCAUACUUGACAGGCACAGUCAGAGAUUUGAUUAAACUUUCCCAUGAAGAGGUUUGCCAAGAGAAAGUUCUGUCAUUAGGACAGUAUAAAGAACUCGGGAUUACAAAAGAUGAAACUGCCAGCAAGAAGACUGAAAUGUGUGAGAGACCAGAAAGACAGAUGGAAGUUUUUGCAUCUUUGAAGGACCCAGAAGAAGUCUUUAUAGAUCCUUCACAUGAAGUUUCUUCACAAGAACCCAUUAUUGCAACUGUUAUGGAGGCUUCCCAUGAGGCCUGGCAAAGGACUGUUAUCACAUCAGAAGAAUGUCAUGAACCCACAAUUAUAAAAGGUACAAACGCUCUGAGUAACACUGGCAUGGGUGACACAAUUGAAAGAGCAGAAGAAACCUUUAUGGAGCCUACAGGUGAGAGUUGGCAAAUGAAAGUACUGUCAUCAGGAAAAUGGGAUGAAUCCAUGAUUAAAAAAGGUCAAAUUCCCUGGACAAACACAAAUGUGGGUGACAUGUUAGAAAGAGUAGAGGAAGAUCAUGCACCCUCGACAGGCUCAGCCAAAACGUCAAUAGAGCCUUUACACAAAGAGAACUUACAAGAGAAAGUUCUCUCAUCAGAACAAUAUAAAGAACACAUUUCCAGCAAGAAGACUAAAAUGGGUGAGACAUUUGAAAAGCAAAAGGAAGUUGUUGCAGAUUUGACACACUCAGAAAAACUCUAUGUAGAACCUACACAUGAAGUUGGUUGGCAAGAGAAUGUUUUGUCAGUAGGAAAAUGUGAAGUACCAAUGAUUAUACAAGGUAAAACUGCAUGGGAGAACUUGGGUAUAGAUGAGACAAUAGAAAGAGCAGAGGAAGGACUUGCACCCUUCACAGGGACAGCCAAAGUUUUAACAGAGCCUUUACAUAAAGCGAACUUACAAGGAAACGUUCCAUCAUCAAGGCUGUUGAAAGAAUUAGAGAUAAAGAAGGAUGAAACAGCCAACAAGAAGACUAACGAGGGUGAGACACUAGAAAAACAAAUGGAGUUUGCUGCAGGUUUGACUGACUCAGAAGAAGCCUUAAUAUGCUGUACACAUGAAGGUGUUGCAAAUUUGACAGGCACAGAAGAAACUUGUCUGGAUCCUUCAAGUGAGAUCGGGCAAAGAAAAGUUAUGUCAUCAGGAGAAUGUGAUGAACCUGUGAUUAGAAAAGGCAAAAUUGCCUUGACUAACACAAAUGUAGGCAAUACAAUAGAAAGAGCAGAGGAAGAUCAUGCGCUCUUGACAGGCACAGUCAGAUCUCUUACAGAGCCUUUACAUAAAGAGAAUGAGCAAGAAGUUCUGUCAUCAGGCCAAUAUAAUAAACUCAAGAUUAAAAAGGGGGAAACUACCAGCGAUAAGACUAAAUUGGGUGAGACACUAGAAAGACAAAAGGAAGUUGUUGCAGCUUUGACUGGCUCUGAAGAAGCCUUAAUAGAGCCAAUACUUCAAGUUGUUUUGCAAGAGGAAGUUCUUCCUUCAAAAGAAUAUGACGAGCCCAUGAUGAUACAAGGUGAAGAUACCCGGAUGAACAUAGGUGUAGGUGAGACAAUAGAAAGAGCCGAAGAAGAAACAACAGAAGAUUGUGCACUUUUGACAGGUACAACUAUAGAGCCUUUACAUAAUGUGAACUUACAAGAGAAAGUUUUGCCAUCAGAAAAGUAUAAAGAAUCCAGGAUUAAGGAAGACGAGACUGCAAGCAAGAAGACCAACAUUGGUGAGAUGCCAGAAAGACAAAAGGAUGAUGUUGCAGCGUUGACUGGCAGAGAAUUAGAGUCAAUGGAUGAGUUUGUUCAGCAAGAGAAAGUGUUGUCAUCAGAUGAAUGUGAAAAUUCCAUGAUUAUAAUGGGUAAAAUGGCCUGGGUGAACACUGCUGUGGGUGAGACAGUUGAAAGAACCGAGGAAGAUCUUGCCCCCAUAGCAGAUACAGCCAGAGCAUUGACAGAGCCUUUACAGGAAGUGAACUUACAAGAAAAAGUUCUAUCAACAGGAAAAUAUAAAGAACUCAAGAUUAAAGAAAAUGAAGCUGCCAGUAAGAUACUGCCACCAAGAUCAGAGGAAGAUCUUUCCCGCUUAUCAGGCACAAAAGAAACGUAUAUGGUGACUUCACAUAAGCUCUGGGAAGAGCAAGUUCUGUCAUCAGGAGAAUGCAAUGAUGAUGCUAAGACUAAAAAAGAUAAAACAGACAGGAAGAAACUUGAUAUGAGUAGGAGUUGUGAACAAGCUAAGGAAAGACUUUCCUCAUUGACAGGCACAAAAAGCCCAUUUAUAGAGCCACUGCAAGAAGAGUGCUGGCAAAAGAAAGAGAAAAAGGUAUCUGAGGCAUCAGAACAAUAUGAAAAAUCCAGUAUUAAAACACAAAAAAUUGCCAGCAAAUUGACUGAUUUGGGUAAGACUAUUGAAAGGACAACAGAGCAUCUUACACCUUCAGCAGAGAUGGGACAAACCUCAAUAGUGGCUUCAAAUACAAGCUCAACUUUACCAAAGACUAUAUCAGAUAACAAGAUGCUCUCUGAACAUCAUAUUGCAGAUUCAACUGUAAAUCAAUCUGAAAAUAAGCAAAUUCCAAAGGUGGAACAAGCAGAGACCAGUGUGGUGGAGAUAACUGAACAAAAACAGAUUGAUGUGGAUGAAGGCAGUAGACUAACUUCGCAAGAUACUGUAAAAAUUGUACAAUAUGAUCCGCUAAAUAGCAAACUAAAAGAAGCUAGGACUUUAAAACAGUCUGUGGAACUGGACAUUUUUGAACAUGAUGCAAACAGAGACUGUUUUGACAAACCUGAUAAAGAAAAGAAAGAAGAUCCUUUGGAAUUUAAGACUUUGUCUGUGGAACUAAGUGCUGAUGAUGUAAAAUUUGAGAAUAUGCCUAUGGAACGACAGCAGGGUGAUCUUGAAAUUAAAGGUGCCGGCCAUAUGAGAAAAGAUGGGCUUGAAACAGAGAUCUUUCCUGAUUCAGAAAGCAAGAAACAGCUGGUUGAUACAGUGAUUCAGGAGAGCAAUGACACAUCAUUGGAGGUCCUGACUGAAUUUACCUUGAAAGCAGAAAAAAGACUUCAGCAGGCCAUUAAAGACAUAAGGCCUUCAAAAGGCAAAUAUGUCAAAUCAGAGCAAACUCGAAGUACUAAUCAACCUCAAGAGACUUCUGAGAUCAGAUGGCAAGAGGUUGAAGUUGGGAAUUCAACAACAUUACCCGACUGCACCACAGAGACAAAUAUCCUAAGGCAGACAGACACUAAAUCUGCAAUUUCUACUGCCAGUUUCUCAGAAAACAAUGGUGACAGCAAGGAACAAGUCCUAUCUACUAAGGAAACAAAAGCAAAGACUAGGGUCAAGUGCCAAACAGUAAGUGAGCCUGCAGUCUCUAAUGUUAUUUCUUCAGAUAUUGAUGAAGACUUGCAAAACAAGGAACACAUGCUAAAAGAAAAAAAAACGGGAGGUCAUGGUUUUGAGGCAGAAGCUGAGGAAAUGAAGGACAGCAAGACAGAUGGAUUUGAUGUGGUUUCUACAACCACAAUGGAAGUAAAGGUACCAGGAAAGAAGAAAGGUAGAGGGAAAAACAGCAAGAAAGCUAAAAUGGAAAAGGAUGAGAGGCCACUUGUUUCAGACACCUCAGUCAGAAUAUUUCCUUCAGAAAAAGCAGAGCUUGAUGAACAAGGUGGCUUUACAACCAGUCAAGAACCUUUCAUAAAAGAUGGCAAUGAGACAGUACAGCAGUCAGAGAUGACCCAAGGAAGUGGAACUGUGUCAGGGAGUGGAGAGAAUGUUCAAGGCCAAGAUAUGGAAACUGGGAUAGAUAGAACUGCUAAUGAAAUGAAAGCCCCCAAAUGGGAGUCUGAUCGUGAAAACAAUACAAGCCAGAAAGAGAAGACUUUAACACCACACAGUCCAACAAUUUACAAAGGCAAAACAGACCAGAAUCAGGAAGUUACUGAGGUCUCUAAAGACCUCUGCACUGAGGUAUCAGAAAAGAAGAAGAAGAAGAAAAGCAAAAGUAAAAAGGCUAAGCAAGUGGUCAUUGUUGAAGAGGGAGAAGAAAAAAGAGAUGAUGAGACGGAGAAAGAGCAGAAGAUGAUAAUCCCUGAGGUUCAAACUCAAAGCAGCCAGUCAGAUCAGAAAGAACAUGUGAAGAAAUUAGAGGAAGCUAAGCAGGCACUGGCACAGAAGGAAAUACUUUUGAGGAAAGCUAAGGAAAGCAUUCUCAAGAAGGUGUUUGAGCGGGGAGUGAGUGAAAAGCAGGCUGCUGAAGAAUUAGAGGCUAUGCGUCACUCAGCCAAUAAUGGAGAACGCCGUAUAACCGCACAGGAGGGAAAUAGUGUGGAAAUGACAAGCAAUAAGCAAACUCCAAGUAAGAAGCAAGACAGUAAACUACACAAGUCAAGGCAAGAACUUAGCAAAAAUAAAGACAGGUCGAUGCCAACCACUGCAGAGGAUCUACCUGGGGCUGAUAUUGAUGCAUGCUCCUCAACUAAAACACAACUUCUUCAAGAUCAGCGUGACAAGAAAACUAAAUCAGGAUUAAGUGAGGAUGAUAUGAAUCAGGACAUUUCAUCCUUGAAGUCCUCUGAUGACAUUGUGGACAUUAAGCAGAAAUAUAUUGUUAAAAUACCAAAUUUUAUUGGGGAAACCAAAGAAAGAAAGGCAGAAGAACAAAACAUUGAGCCAUUAUAUUCAGAAGAUGAAAAGUUAAUUGAAUCUGUAAUUGAAUUGACAUCACCAUCAAGCAGUCACGAAGUUGCCAAAUCGUUACCAGUCGAACAUGUUACUGACAUUCCUGCAAUAAAAGACUCUAAAGAGCUUCUGUCAAGUGAGGCGUGUACUCCGAUGGUCAAGAUAGAACCAAAAAAGGUGAAAUCAAGUGAAAUUUAUUCGAAAAGAAAUGAGGAGACCCUUUUCAAAGAUGAACCUUUUAACCAAGAAAAUAACAUUUCUGGGCUACCCUUUAAGGAGGUUAUGCCAGAGUCUGAUAACACGCAAAAGGAAGUGGUGGAAGAAUAUCCAAUGGGUUCAGUGGAGAGACAACCUGAAGUUCUUCAAGUUAAUAUUGAAGAAAUGGGUAGGGAUGCUACAAAAGUCAGCAAGUCCUCACUUGCCCGGCAAGAGUGCUUGGAGCACGACCAACAGAUUGUGGCCCUGCUUUCCAUGGUGAGACACAUUGAGGUUCGCCUUAAGCAGCAGCAGCAACAGUCCGUUGGUCGAAGUCUCUCCACACUUGAUGACAUAAUCAGGCAGACAGAGGCCCUUGUUCUAGAAAUUGGGGAUCUGGAACCAGAAGUGCACACUGAGAUUGAAUCAGCUACACAGCUACUGGAGUCUAACCUUGAGGAUGUUCCACCUCAGCUGCUUAUGGCCCUGGAAAAAGAUGUGCAUGGCUUAACCCGAGCUUAUAGUGCAGCCAGGGACCAUGCACAGAAUACUCUGCAGGGGUUACGAACACAACGUGAUGCUCAAAAUGAAGCUGUAAACAGUCAGCUGAAGUCUUUGCAAGAUCAUGUUGACAAACUUCUCAGUUGGGUUAAGGAGACUGACACUCAAAUGCAGGAAGAAACUGGGGUAGACGGACAGACAGUGGCAGAGAUCACUCGGAAGCAGCAGUUGUGUGAGCAGUUACAGAACUCUCUCACUGCCCGAUCCAAUGAAGUCGGCAACGUGGCGUUCAAUAUUCAGGUGUUCAUCUCUGAGCAUGCUCAAGACCUGCUGCCUGAUCAGAGCAGACACCUUCUUGGACAGCUGGAGCAGCUGCAGAGGGUCUUUCACCAGGCCGUUGGUCUCAAUGAUGCCAGAGCAGAGGCACUAUUAGCCCAGCAGAUGAGAGAGCAUGAACGACUGAAGAAAGAACAGAAAGUGAAAGAAGAGAAAAUGGAAAAAGAGAGACAAGCUACAAGGGAUAGAGAGGUUGUGCAGCAGCAGAAGGCUGAAUGUUCUCAAAAACUGGAGAGUCUCACAAUGUGGAUGGCUGGUGCUGCAAGUCUUUUGGCCAGUCAGAGACCUGGAGUUGAGUCAGAUGACGUGCACACAUUACAGGAGAAGCAAAGAGCGCUUAAGGAUGUGCAGAAGGACAUUCAGACCAAAAGUGACUUAUUGAUCGAGACCAUCCGCUCAGUGGAGGAGUUCCUGUCUGAUCAGGGUGACGCUUUGAGUCCUGAGGAAAAGGCUAAACUGCAGGCGGCUCUUUCACAAAUGAAGGAGCAGCACAGCUCACUUACAAACUCAGUCCACUCUUCACUAGCUCAAGUAGACACUGCCAUUGUCACAACACAGCAACAGAACACACAAAGAGCUAAAGCAGAAGAGCAGAUGCAGGAGACACAGGAAAAAAUAGACAAACUUUUCAGUGAAUUAUCAUUGCUGGACGACUCAAAGAGGAGGUCCCUUGGCAGCAUAGUCACUGACAACCCGUUAUCUGUACCACAAGAGAAUGCCCUGAGCUCUCACAGUGGCAUGCUUCAGACUGAGCUGCAGCAGUUACAGUCUCAGCAGGCUCAUCUUCAGCAGGUGGCCCAGUCUGUCCGCUCUCUCUUGGAGCAGCCUGACUCCAGUGUACCACCAGAGGAGAAACAAAGCUUACGAGCAAAGCUUGACCAACUCCAAAAUCAGCAUCAGGAGCGCCUCCAGAACUGCCAGGACAGACUCAGACGGGCAGAUGCUCUCACAGAUGAGUUCACCAAAUUUGUGCAGGAGCAUGGAAACCUGGGAACAUGGCUGGAUCAGAGCGAGAAAGAGCUAUGCUCUCUUGGUGAAGGGGAAAUGGAUGCAAUGGAUCUAAAAAACAGAGUAGAUGAGCACAAAAAGCUUGCAGAAGAUGUCAUCUGUCACAAAGCAGAUCUGCGCUUUGUCACUAUCUCUGGGCAGAAGGUUCUGGAUUCUGUCCAGUGUGCCCUGCAGAGGAUGGGCAGUGCAGAUCCGGCUCUGGAGGAAACCAAAAAUCUAGUCAGUGACAAGCUCCAAGAUGCCACACAGCGCUACGGUUCAUUACAUAGCAAGUCUUCAGAACUUGGCACCCGCCUCUCAAGUCUCCAGGAGCGAUACCAGCACUACCAAGAUGAGGCUGGUUCUUUAGACUCGUGGCUGAACUCUCAGGAGCAGAACCAGAGUAUAUUUAAGCCCAGCGGAGAACAAACUGACCCUCAGGCCUUGCAGCGCACUCUCAGUACUGUACAGCUGCUGCAGGAUGAUUUGGCAGAGCGUUCAGUACAGCUUGAGAAGGUCAAGAGGGCAGGGAAAGAGCUGGUCAGCAUUAAGGAGUCCCCAACUCUCAAGAAUGCAGAUAUUAAGAAUGUGACAGAUGCUCUGGAGAAGCGCUUUGAAACCCUUUCUGAUUCAGUGUCUGUAAGAGCCGAACAGCUUCAGACUGCUGUGGCCCAAUCAGUCAGUGUUCAGGAGGGGCUUAAAGCACUGCUGGCGUGGUUAGAUGGCCUGCCUUUAUCACCUGCUGCUGUCCAGCCCACUGCUCAAGCUGUUCAAGAUGCCCUGACACAAAACCAGAAAAUACGUCAGGAGCUUCUUUCGAGGCAGGGCAGUGUUGAUGCCACUUUGGACUCCGUGUCCAAGCUUCUGAAGUCUGCAGACGCAUCAACAGCUUCUGGCCUACAGAGGGCGCUGCAGGACUUGAGUCAGCGCUACACAGCAGCCCAGGCCAAGCAGUCGGAACGAGAGACUGAACUGCGUGGACUUUUGCCCAAGUUGGAGAGCUUUGAGCGCCAAAGUGCAGAUCUCCGCAACUUCACACAGAGUCGAGAAAGGGCUCUCAGCCCAGUAGGCCAGCCGGACUGCAGUGUGGAUGACUACAGGCAGACCAUAGAGGAGGUGAGGUCAGAAAUUACCCAAGAGUCGAGCCAGUUAAAAGCGUUUGUCGAGCUGGGUUCAGAUCUGAGUCAUUCUGGGGUCCUUGCCAAUGUACAAAGCCUUCUGGACACAACCAAAGAGGUUUCUGAGGACUUCGCACGCUUGGAAUCUAAUGUCAAUGAGAGAUUUGAUUCCAUCCAGAACUGUGUUCAGCAGUUGUCCGACUUCCGCUCGCGCUCCGGCUCCCUCCUCAGGUGGCUGCAGACAGUACAAGAGCAACUCCCUGCCAAAGAGCCCAACCUAAGCACAGAAGGCCUGCAGAGAAGAGCACAGCAGCUUAAAGAUCUGCUCACGGAAUGGGAGACCCAAGGAAACCAAGUUCAGGAGUUAAACAAGAACAGUUCUCAGCUGGAGAACUUGAUUAUUAACACCACAGCACCCAAGAACAAGACUGGUGUUUCCCAGCUCAAUGGUGCCUCCAGCCCCAACAGUGUUAAUGGCAUUCACACCUGUAAAGACUUGACGGAGAUCCAGGUAGCAGUGGCAGAUGUGAACUGCAAGUAUGAGCAGCUGGGCAGUGACCUGAGGGAGAGGAAGAGCAAACAAGAGUCUUCUCUAGAGCUGCAGCAGAAGGCCAGGCAGAGCACUGAAGCCCUCAUCCAGUGGCUCGGCCCCCGUGAACAGAGCCUGGCACAAGGGCAGACCGCCUCACCUUCUCGGCCAGAGGUGGUGCGUGCUCAAGCACAACAGACCAAGGUUUUACUUUCUGAGCUUGCUGAGCAUUCUGGGAAAGUUGAGGACCUCAAGAACCUUUUAAAGCAGCUAAUAAGAGAUAAUCCCGACUCUCCUGAAGUAGACACAUGGAAACGUCAGCUUGAAGACAUUGACUCCCGAUGGACAAACGCCAAUCAGACUGCAUCACAGAGACAGACUGAAUUGGAGGCGUGUGCUGAUAGGCUGGGUAAUUUUACAACAGCCGCCAGUCAGCUUGGACCAUGGCUGCGGGAGAAAGAGCUGAUGAUGAGUGUCUUAGGCCCACUGAGUAUCGACCCCAACAUGCUCAACACACAGAAGCAGCAAGUACAGUUCAUGCUGCGUGAGUUUGAGACACGCCAACCCCAGUUUGACCAACUGACCCGGGCUGCAGAGGGAAUCCUCUCUCUGACUGGAGAUGAGAGAUCGAGAGAUGAACAAGACCUAGAGGAGGUGAGACGGGAGCUGGCAGACAUUUCAGCGCAGUGGGACGACCUCACCUCUCGCCUCAGCGGCCGCUCACAGCAGAUCGACCAGGCACAAGGAACAAGCCAACACUACCUGACCCUUCUCAGAGAGCUGUCCCAGAGCGUGGCGGAUCUAGGCGAAAGGCUUGAUGCGCAGGCCUCUCUAAGUGCUCAGCCCGAAGCACUGCGUCGCAGGCUUCAGGAAACUGGGGAGAUCCGCUCGGAACUGGAACAAAGACGGGGACAAUUGUCCCAAGCUGAACAGCUGUGUACGGAGCUCAGCGCAAUUGUGGCUGAACCAUAUCUCAGAGACGAGUUGCACAAGAGACUGGAAAGCGUGAGCGGCCCCCUCAAGAACCUAGAAGAACGGGCUGCUGAUGGCUUGUCUCAGCUUCAGGCCGCUCUGUCCAGCACUCAACAGUUCCAGCAGAUGUUUGAUGAGCUUCGUAGCUGGUUGGACGGAAACACUGGGAAUCAAACAACUGGGAUGUCCGAAACCCUCCCUUGCCAACCUGACGCUCUGAAGACCCUUCUCACCCAACAAGAGGAUUUCCAGCGAGCCAUAGCACAACAACGCGGAUCCUACGAGCUUAUCCAGGCUGAGGGAGCAUCUCUCCUGGCAUCCCUUCCUGCGGGAGAUGAGCGGUUAGCCUUACAGACUCGCUUGAACAACUUACGGCAAGACUGGGAGGUCUUAAACCAACAUGCGUCAGAGAAACAUUGCCGGAUAAAAGAGACACUGACCCGUGCUGAGCUGUACCAACAACAUCGCAAUGAGCUUGUGCCGUGGAUUGCGGAAUGUGAGGUAAAGGAGGCAGAAAUCAACCCAUCGCUGGAUGCUGCUGUCUUAGACGACUCUUUGCAGAAGGCUAGACAGUUGAGUCUUGAUCUGGAUCGCCGACGACCACUUUUAGAGUCUCUGAACACAGCAGCCGAUCAGUUGCUGGAGCAGAGCUGCACUGGCGAAGAGGAAGUGAGAGAUGAAAAGGCACAGCUCAAUCGUAGAGUAGAUGGGCUCUCAGAGCGACUGCAGGGACGCACGGCUCAGCUUGAGGAGUUAGGAAGCAGAUUGAAAGAGUUUGAGGAUGGCAGACAGGCUGUGGAAAGAAGACUAGAAGCUGCCAGGCAUCAGAUCGAGGUUCAAGAGGCGCUUGGACCACAAGCUUGUAGCAACAAAAGCCUGGAGCGUCUGCGAAGCCAACAGGAGCUGUUAAACUCUGUACAGCCACAGGUGGUGUACCUCCGAAAUCUGGCUCAGGGACUGCUGCAGGACGCACCCCAGAUAUCUGCAGCCGGCCAAGAUGGAGGCCAGAAGCUGCUGCAGCAAGCUUGCGAUACGGAAAAAGAGUUUGAAGAAGUUACUGAGAAGACUGAGCAGUGCUGUUCAUCAUUGGAGUCCCGGUUGCAGGGUGUUGGAGAGGUCCAGUCGCGGGUCCGAGAUGUUUUCUCUCGCCUGGCUGAUUUGGAUGAUGAGCUGGACAGCCUGAGCCCUGUGGGACGGGAUGCUGACUCUUUGGCUUCACAGGCUGAUGCCGUCAGAGGCUUCCUGAGUCGACUCAAUGCCCUGCGCUCAGAAUUGGAGAAUCAUGGUGGAGAAUGCACAACUAUGCUGCGUCGAGAGGGCAGCUCUCCUGAUCUUCUGGCUCUCAGGAGAGAGACCGAAGCCCUGAGCAGACAGGCAGGCAAGCUGGCAGAGCGAGGCCAGAACCGACUGGCACUCAUAGAAUCUGCAGAGGAGCGCGUGAGAGAGUUCUACGCCCGUCUGGCUGAUCUGCAGGCGCUUCUGGGCCGGGCAGAGGAGGUGCUGAACACACAGGCUGUGGUGGGGACAGAAGUGGAGGUCAUCAAACAGCAGCUUCAGGAGUUCAAGGCUGUGGAAAGGGAGCAGGUAGACAGCAUUCAGCCUAAACUGCAACAUGUCAACGCUGUGGGUCAAGGCCUUAUUCAAAGCGCAGCCAAACACACUGACACUCAGGCUCUGGAACAUGACUUGGAGACCACCAACCUGCACUGGAACUCCCUCAACAAGAGGGUUGCUGAAAGAAUCGCACAGCUGCAAGAGGCCCUGUUGCAUUGUGGGAAGUUUCAAGACGCCCUGGAGCCACUCUUGAGCUGGCUGAGUGACACAGAGGAACUGAUAGCCAAUCAGAAACCUCCAUCUGCUGAGUACCGUGUUGUCAAGGCACAAAUUCAGGAGCAAAAGCUUCUGCAACGGUUGCUGGAUGACCGCCGUGGGACUGUAGAGAUGAUCAGGGCCGAAGGAGAGCGUAUCGCUGCUACAGCCGAAACACAAGACCGAGACAAAAUCCAGAAACAGCUUCAGAGUUUAGGAGAAAGAUGGACAAACCUGCUGGAAAAGGCCAGCGCCAGGCAGAAGCAGCUCGAGGAACUGCAGGUGCUGGCAUUACAGUUCCAUGAGGCCGUGGAGCCGCUCAGUGAGUGGCUGAGCGCAACAGAGAGACGCCUGAGCUCUGCUGAGCCAAUGGGAACCCAGACAUCCAAAAUCACACAGCAGAUUGUAAGGCACAAGGCUCUCCAAGAGGAAGUCUCCUCUCGAGAGAAUAAUGUAGACCGUCUUGAGAGUCUCAGCCAAUCGCUCCAUCCGCUCAGCUGCGCAGCCGAUCAGGAUUGGCUGGGCGAGCGUGUGGGUGCAGUGCGCAGCGGGCACACAGAGCUGCGUGAUUGGUGCGUUCGGAGAGAGGCCAUGCUGGAGCAGGCGCUGGCCAAUGCACAGCUGUUUGGAGAGGAAGAGGUGGAGGUCCUGAACUGGCUAGCUGAGGUGGCCCAGAGACUGGCUGAGGUCUCAGUGCAGAGUUAUCAGCCGGAGCACCUAGAGCAGCAGCACAAACACACACUGGCUCUUAAUGAAGAGAUUGUCAGCAGGAAGAAGACUGUGGACCAGGCCAUUAAGAACGGACAGGCUCUGCUCAAACAAACCACUGGCGAGGAGGUCUUGUUGAUCCAAGAGAAGUUGGAUGGCAUCAAAAGUCGCUACGCUGAAAUGACGGCGGGCAGUAGCAAGGCCCUUCGGACCCUGGAACAGGCCCUUCAGUUGGCCACACGAUUUGCCAGCUCACACGAUGACAUCAAUCAAUGGCUGGAUAGAGUGGAGGCGGAGCUUAACAACGCUGAGCCAGACACAACACCAGCCUAUCAGGACAGACAGAAGGAGCUGAAGUGUGUUUCUGCUGAGAAGAGGUUAGUUCUGGACACAGUGAAUGAGGUGGGCAGUGCUUUACUGGAUCUGGUACCCUGGCGUGCACGGGAAGGACUGGACCGCCUGGUUGCUGAUGCCAAUCAGCGAUACCGCCAAGCAGACGAGACCAUCACACAGAGAGUGCAGUUAGUGCAGGCUGCCAUCCAAAGGUCACAGCAGUAUGAGGAGGCGGUGGACGCAGAGCUGACGUGGGUUGGAGAGACAGAGAGGAAGUUGGCGUCUCUGGGGCCUUUGAGUCUGGAGCCCGACGUGACUGUGGCUCAACUCCAGGUGCAGAGAGCCUUUAACAUCGAUAUCAUCCGUCACAAAGACACCGUUGACCAGCUCCUCAAGACACGAGAGGACAUCCUAGAGAGCUGCAGCGAACAACAGAGAGACGCACUGAAGGUGAAGACGGACUCUUUAAGUGCUCGUUAUGAAGCAGUAAAUCAGAGUCAUGCUGAGCGUUUCUCAGCUCUAGAGCAAGCGCAGGUGCUGGUGGCGCGUUUCUGGGAGACGUAUGAAGAACUCGAACCCUGGCUGGGCGAAACUGAGACUCUGAUUACCCAGCUACCCCCUCCUGCCAUUGACACAGAGGCUCUCAGACAACAGCAAGAUCAGAUGAGGCUCCUGAGAGAGUCCAUCGCUGAGCACAAGCCACACAUCGACAAACUGCUAAAGAUCGGCCCACAGCUGGCAGAACUGAGCGCCCAGGAAGGGGCAACAGUGAGGCAGCGCUAUAAUGAAGCAGAGAGACGUUACAUGCGCAUCAAAGAGGAAGUCAAAAGUCGAGCCACUGCACUGGAUGAAGCAGUGUCACAGUCCGUUCAGCUGGUAGAGUUUCAUGAUAAGAUGGACCCUCUGUUGGAGACUCUGGAAGGCGCAGUCCAGCGCUUGCGGCAGCCUCCUCCAGUGGCCGCUGAGGUGGAGAAGAUCCGGGAACAGCUGGCGGAGCACCGGGCCACAGGUCUAGAGCUGGACAAACUCCUGCCAUCGUUCAGCGCUCUAUGUGCCCGAGGGGAAGAGCUCAUCAGUCGCGCUCCACAUGAUGAUCCUGCCGCCCAGGCGGUGCGUUCACGACUCUUGCGGCUGCGCUCCCUGUGGGAUGAGAUCAGACAGAGAGCAGAGGAGAGAGAGGGAAAGCUUCAGGAUGUACUAGAUCUUGCUGGAAAGUUUUGGGCCGACAUGGCUGCUCUUCUGAGCACGCUCAGAGACUCUCAGGACAUCGUCAAAGAUCUGGAAGACCCGGGCGUGGAUCCUUCACUCAUAAAACAGCAAAUAGAAGCAGCAGAGGCCAUUAAAGCAGAGACAGAUGGGCUGAGGGAGGAACUGGAGAUCGUACGAACACUCGGAGCUGACCUCAUCUUUGCCUGCGGAGAGACUGAAAAACCAGAGGUCAAGAAGACAAUCGAUGAGAUGAAUGGCGCCUGGGAAGGUUUGAACCGCACAUGGAGAGAGAGAAUGGAAAGACUGGAUGAGGCCAUGACUGCCUCUGUGCAGUACCAGGAUGCUCUUCAGGGCAUGUUUGACUACUUGGACAAUGCUGUCAUCAAACUGUGUGACAUGCCAGCCGUCGGGACAGAUCUCAGCACUGUCAAACAACAGAUUGAAGAGCUCAAGCAAUAUAAAGUGGAGGUGUACCAGCAGCAGAUUGACAUGGAGAAGCUUUCCCACCAAGGAGAGCUGCUGCUCCGGAAAGUGAGCGAUCAAACAGACCGAGACAUGAUUCAGGAGCCUCUCACCGAGCUUCGACACCUGUGGGACAACCUGGUGGACAAAAUCACCGUCAGACAGCACAAACUGGAGGGUGCCCUGUUGGCUCUUGGUCAGUUCCAGCACGCUCUCUCUGAGCUGCAGUCUUGGCUCAGUCACACUCACGCCACACUGGAUACCCAGCGACCCAUCAGCUCUGACCCCAAGGCUAUUGAAAUUGAGCUGGCUAAGCAUCACGUUUUGAGAAACGACGUGCUGUCCCAUCGGUCCACAGUGGAGACGGUGAACAGCGCAGGCUCUGAGCUGCUGGAGUCCAGUCCUGGAGAUGAAAUCAACCACCUGAGAGACCAGCUGGAUGAGCUGAACCGCAGCUGGAAGAACCUUCUGCUGAAGACUGAUGAGAGGCAGAAGCUUUUGGAAGCUGCUCUGCAACAGGCGGAGGGUUUCCAUGGUGAGUUGGAGGAGUUUCUGCAGUGGCUCAGACGCACAGAGAGUCAGCUGUCUGCUGCCAAACCCACAGGUGGCCUGCCUGAGACCGCCAGAGAGCAGCUGCAGCAACACAUGGAGCUCCAGGCUCAGUUGGCCCAGCGAGGUGAGCAUUACCAUCGGCUACUAGAUCAUGGAGAGUCCAUUCUGCUGGCCAGAGGAGGUGAGGAUGCUGGACCCGGUACCACCCAGACACAACAGAAUCUGGCCAUGCUACAGAACAAGUGGGCCAGUCUCAAUACCAAAAUGGAAGACAGAAGGGGUAAACUGGAGGAAGCCGUUUCACUGGCGACAGGUUUCCAGUCCUCUCUGCAGGACACUAUUAACUGGCUGACACAGGCAGAGCAGACUCUCAACAUGGCCCAGCCACCCAGUCUCAUUCUGGACACUGUGCUUUUCCAGAUAGAUGAGCACAAGGUGUUUGUGAAUGAGGUGAACACUCACAGAGAACAGGUUCUGGCUCUGGAGAAAGCUGGCUCUCAGCUGCGUUUCGCCAGUCUCAAACAGGACGUGGUUCUCAUCAAGAACCUGCUGCUGAGUGUUCAGGCCCGCUGGGACAAACUGGUACAGAGAUCACUGGACAGAGGACGCCACCUGGAUGAAGCACGCAAGAGAGCCAAACAGUUCCAUGAGGCCUGGAGGAAGCUGACCGACUGGUUGGAGGAAGCAGAGAGCAGGCUGGACUCUGAGCUGGAAAUCUCUAAUGAGCCUGACAAGAUUAAAAUCCAGCUGGCCAAACAUAAGGAGUUCCAGAAGUCUCUUGGCUCCAAGCAGCCGGUUUAUGACACCACAGUGCGUUCAGGGAAGGCCAUGCGAGACAAGGCCACACUGCCUGCAGAUACGCAAAAACUGGACAACUUGUUGGGUGAAGUCCGAGACAAAUGGGACACAGUUUGUGGAAAGAGCGUAGAGAGGCAACACAAGCUGGAGGAAGCCCUCCUGUUCUCUGGUCAGUUUGCGGAGGCUCUCCAGGCACUUGUUGACUGGCUGUACCGUGUGGAGCCUCAGCUCGCAGAGGACCAGCCAGUACAUGGAGAUCUGGAUCUUGUUUCCAACCUCAUGGAUUGUCAUAAGGUCUUCCAGAAAGAGCUGGGGAAACGGACCAGCAGUGUACAGGCUUUGAAACGCUCUGCUCGAGAGCUGAUGGAGACCGGCCGAGAUGACACCGCCUGGGUGAAAGUUCAACUGCAGGAGCUGAGCAACCGCUGGGACACCGUCUGCGCCCUGUCCGUUUCAAAGCAGACGCGCCUCCAGCAGGCUCUUAAACAGGCAGAGGAGUUCCGCACAGCUGUUCAGAUGCUGCUGGAGUGGCUGUCAGAGGCCGAGCAAACAUUGCGUUUUCGGGGCGUCCUGCCAGAAGAAGCAGAGACUCUGCAAGCUCUAUUGCACACGCAUCGAGAUUUCAUGCAGACAGUGGAGGAGAAGAGAGUGGAUGUUAAUAAAGCUGCUGGCAUGGGCGAAGCCAUUCUCGCUGUGUGCCAUCCAGACUGCAUCACCACUAUCAAACACUGGAUCACCAUCAUCAGAGCUCGCUUUGAAGAGGUGCUGACGUGGGCCAAACAACACGAGCAGCGCUUGGAAACGGCUCUGACUGAACUGCUUAAUAACGCUGCACUCCUGGAGGAACUGUUAUCAUGGCUGCAAUGGGCAGAAACCACACUGGUACAGCGCGACACUGAACCCCUUACACAGGACAUCCUGCAGCUCAAGACACUCAUCACUGAGCAUCAGGUGUUUAUGGAAGAGAUGACUCGAAAACAGCCUGAUGUUGACAAAGUGACUAAGACAUACAAGAGGAAACCAGCGGAACAUCCCAGCAGCCUGUCGGACAGGAAAGGAGCCCGUAAACACCAGCAGCAGCAGCAACAGCAUCACUCCGUGCAGGUGACGGGUGGUAAUCCUCGCCUCACUCAGCUCUGCUCCCGCUGGCAGCAAGUAUGGCUGCUUGCCCUCGAUCGCCAGCGUAAGCUCAAUGAUGCCCUCGACAGACUAGAAGAGCUUAAAGAAUUUGCCAACUUUGACUUCGAUGUGUGGAGAAAGAAGUACAUGCGUUGGAUGAACCACAAGAAGUCACGUGUGAUGGACUUCUUCAGACGCAUCGACAAAGACCAAGAUGGAAAGAUCACCCGGCAGGAGUUUAUUGAUGGCAUCCUGGCCUCAAAGUUCCCUACCAGCAAGCUGGAGAUGACGGCUGUUGCUGAUAUCUUUGACCGUGAUUGUGACGGCUACAUUGACUACUAUGAAUUUGUGGCAGCGCUGCACCCUAACAAAGAUGCUUACAGACCCACAACGGAUGCUGAUAAGAUCGAGGAUGAGGUCACCAGACAAGUGGCCCAAUGCAAGUGUGCGAAGAGGUUUCAAGUGGAGCAGAUCGGAGAGAACAAGUAUCGGUUCUUCCUUGGGAAUCAGUUCGGAGACUCACAGCAGCUUCGUCUCGUACGAAUUCUGCGAAGUACAGUCAUGGUUAGGGUUGGAGGAGGCUGGAUGGCGCUGGAUGAGUUCCUGGUGAAGAACGACCCUUGUCGAGUGCAACAUCCAGGACUUAAAAUCCUGCGUUCUGACUCCAGCAGCUCCAUAUCAUCUCGCAUAGUGACGGUCACUCCUGGCUAUUUCUGCUGCAGAGCUCGCGGACGCACCAACCUGGAGCUUCGAGAGAAGUUCAUUCUUCCAGAGGGAGCCACGCAGGGUUUGGCGGCCUUCCGGUCCCGGGGUCGCCGGUCCAAGCCUUCGUCCCGCACAGCUUCACCCACGCGCUCGUCCUCAUCUGCGUCACACAGUGCCCACAGCUGCGCCUCUGUGCCCUCUGCACCCGCUACACCCACAGCCUCCUCAAGGUCCUCCCAAUCCCAAUCUCGUGGCUAUGCCAAGCCCUGGCUGGCACACAGUAAAACUCCAACUCCAACCAAGUGCCAGUCCUGCCCAGAGCACAGCCAGACCCCUGGGCAUGAGGGAGGCUCCACGACUAAGCUGAAGAGACCAACGUUUCAUUCCAGCCGCGGCUCCUUAACUGGGGAAAACGGUGGAACACCAACAGCUGCUAAACCCGGACGCUCCGAAACCAAACGCACUCCGUCCUCGACAAGCGGUCCAGCCAGUCGAGCAGGGAGUCGCGCUGGAAGCCGAGCCAGCAGUCGAAGAGGCAGCGACGCUUCAGACACAUCUGAGCUCAUGGAGACCCGCUCAGCCUGCUCCGAUACCUCAGACACCCCACGCCGUCCUGGGGCCAAACCUUCCAAAAUCCCCACCAUCUCCAAGAAGACCCCCAGCCCCAAAACACCCGCAGGCAAGAAGUGAAUUCUCCACUGAUGGUGGUCACGGUUUAACCAGCAGGAGGAGAACAACUCUCACGUCUCGCCAGCUCAGACGGGACAGGACCGCACAGCACUCCAUCCUCUACAGCGUCCAACACUGCUACACCACCCAGAUUCAAACCUACCAUAAUGCUGCCUUAUUUGUGUUACACAUCAUGUCCUUAAUCUGACUGACGUUACGUGUUUUCUUUGAAUGUGUGAUGGAGAACAUCCAGUGUGAGCAGACAUAUCCUAUACUGACACUCGAAGGGGCUGAAUAUGCAAACGCCCGUCACUCACCAAACCCUCAUGCAUGGUUGGACAAAGUCGCCCUCUUCACCAGCUGGCAUCUCGCCUGGAUGUCAGUGCCACUGCAAACAAGAGGAAGUCGAUUAGAAACACAGACCUUUUCCUUUGGCACAUGAGACAUUUCAGACUCAUGUAUGUUUGUUUGUGUGUGUGUGUGUGUGUGUGUAUGUAUGUCAUGGUAAAUUAACGCAGUAAUAAGGAGAGGAAGUGGACGAGGAUACAUAUCUCCGCCUUGUGAUCCGCCUUCAGGUCACACGCGAUCCUUUUACAGGAACUCCUAUUACGCACAGCACACGAGUUUCACACUCGCACCGACCGUGCGUCUAUUUGUGUCGUUUUGUUACAGACAUCAUGUUACAGAGCUUUUCCACAGUAUGCAAAAAUGAUUUUGUGAAUGUUUGGUUAAUUUAUAAUAAUCCCGACGUUUCUUUUCUAGAGUAAAGAGCUGUAUUUAUUUGUGAUUGCAGUAUCAUAUCAACUCUUGAGAAUGACUAGUAUUAACACAGGCGGAAUCACUCUUCGUUACGUGUUUUUGUUUUGUACAUCCGCACCAGACGUAAUGAAUUUCUUUGACUGAUCAUUUCUGAUGUAAACUGACCAGGAAGCUUACUGAUUCCAAUGGUGGCCUUUUUGCCGGUGACUACACACUUUAGAUGACGUCAAAAGUGGCUUCCUACUUGUUCUUUCGUGACGGAAGCACCCUGAAUAAUGGAUGAUGGGGGCGACUGGCGCAGCCCCUGUUAAAAACAGCUCUUUGAAAUCUUGUCUUUGACAAGCUGAAGUAUAUGAAUACCUGAAGAAAGGUGAUUUUUAUUUAUUUAUUGUGUCAUUGGGAGGGGGGUGAGGGCUGCGAAUGGAUCCACCUUUUGAUUGUGUUACUCUUUUGACAUGACUGAGAGAAACGGGGGUGCAAUUGUGUAAAAGUAAAGAAGUUAUCAAUUCUUUUUGUUCUCUUUUGUAUUAAAACAAUGCUUGCAGUAAAA